CGUAAACCAAUUCGUCGACCGCGCGCUAUACGAAUUAGCCGAACUGGCAAAACGUUUGGCCGAAAAAGCAACAGGACACUGCGUUAUACGACAAAAGGAAUUGAAUCUGUUCAUAUAAUAAUAUACGCGGAGUCAUAGUUACGAAAUUGCCGGCACGAUGGGCUGCAACAUGUCAAUGGACAACUUAUCGAAAAUGAACAAGCAAGCAGUUGUUCAUACGUUGAGCACAGACUUGAAUUUAACGGACGAACAAAAGCAACUCAUCAAAGAUUCUUGGGAAUUAUUUGAACCGAAGAAGACGGCCAUUGGCAGAAAAAUGUUUGUCAAGUAAGUAAUACACGAAUAAAUUUUCAUGCUGUGCAUUCAUUUUAUAUAAUAUAAAAACAUAUAGGGUUUGGUACAUAUAUAGCUUACUUCAAAAAGCGACAAAAAAUAUUAAAUAAGAAAUCCAUUCGACUAAACUGCCAGUGGUAUAGACUUUUGAAAACGGUUUCCAAAUACUGGCUGUUAAAAGUUUAACAAGACUCUUUCAGACCGGCUAAUAGGUUUAAGGUAUUAAGUAAAGUAGUAAUUUCCUUCACCCCAAGCCUAAUCUUGCGGAUACAAUAAUAAUCAAUGUUUCUUCAUAGGUAUUUCACCCAGUUGGGGGUCAAGUGUAAGUAGUAUAGGAAAAAAGAUGACUCUUCAUGCGUUCAGGAAAUUCGAGCAAACGCACAUUUCUAAUGACGCGCAUGCAAGUACAUUUGUUUUUACAGCUGAAAGGUUUAUUAACACUAUGGGAAAUUACUUAUUCUAUAUUACUCAUACUACUUGAAAAAACACCAGAUGCGCAAAAUUUUAGAAUAUUCUCGAUUUGUACCUGUAACAUGAAACUAAAUAAGUUCAAUAUCAAGGCAAGGGUGACUUGACUUUUAGCUAAGUGAACAAAAUUACGUUUCUUUGACUUUGUAACGGUGUAUGCAAGCUGUAUUUACACACGUGCGAUCGCGAUUAAAUAAUUUCAAAACAGAUAAUAUAUUAGGAUGAAUAUUUGUAGCAGAUAUAAAGGCAGUUACUACUAUUACUAAUUUAGUAUGAAGUCUUGCCGAGAUUAAUUAUAGGGUAAAAGGAAGAAAAAUAUGGUAAUUCAAUAUGAGGCUUUGAAAUUUUUAUUGAAUGCAUGCAGUGCACGCACAUUUCCGCGCUGAUCACGUGCGAUAUAUAUAAUAUAGACGUGUUUAUAGGCUAAUAUUGCUACCAAUUUACAACUUUGGGAACACAUUGGCCAUUGCAUGUUCUGUAUGUAUAUAGCCGAACAUAGAAAUAUUUCUAGAACAAAGUCAAAGGUACUAAGCAUGCCAUUUAAGGAUAUAAUCUUAUUAUAAUUAUCCUUGUUUGUUGAUGUAUGUUCAUACAUGCCUUGUUACCGUAUUGUUCUGUAUGAGUAUACACAGCCAAAGGCAACAAAGCAUUAGAUUAUUAUCUGAUAUAUUUACCCUUGCAGUUUAUAAUGCUUCUUACGUGCCUUGUUAUUGUUCUGCAUGUGAACAUUGUACUACUACAAAAGGUAUAAGUGAAGAAUGUAACAAAAUUAUAACAAUGACUGUUCUGGUAUAGGGGCAGAUUCUAAUAAGUAUUAGUGUUCCGAAAAUCCGCGGGGUACUCGUAAACGUAAAUAGAGCAGCCUGCUGAUGUUCUUAAAGUCAUAUGAUAUCAGGAUACCCCCCUUCCCAUGUGACAUACUGAUCUUUCCCUUGUCUAUGCAGGUCAGCAAGUGGGCAUCAUGAUCAUAGUAAUAAUAUUCAUGCUCUUAUAUAUCUGUCUAUUACACCUCAUUUUUGAAGGAGUGCGGUUUCUCAGUAUGAAUAGCGCGCGAAAUCUAGUAUGUCCUGUACGUGGCUUGGAUUGCCAAAACAGAGUCAAAUUCCUCUUCAUUUUAUAUGGCUUAUAUUCACGACACGGGUAGCAAUAUAUUAAACCUAUAUUUUCGUGCGUUGUAUAAAGCGUUGCUAUGGGAACGGAGUAAAUAAUCAGAUGUCUUGUUGAAAUGAACUACGAACCAUAUGUAUGCCGGCCCUCUUAGAUAUAUUCCAUGUAGAAAAUAUGCAAAUUUUAUUUGAAGGAAGAUUAGAUUCUAAAAAUCAGCGGACAUUCAGACAUAGUUUGGUUUGCAAAUUGUGGCAAAAUAGAUUGCCAAAAAUGUAAGAGAAUUUUCUAAAACUAAUUGUUCAUGGCCCCCUUAAUUGUUUCGGCGAUCUAUCAAUUUCUUUCACAACACAUAUACAUUAGCAUUCUCAACAAUAUUUAUUUUUUUUUGUAAUAAACUCGUCUUAUUAGUUAUUCCAUAAAACAAUUAUGACGCAGAAAAGUGUCGAAUUAUAAAACGACGCAAGGGAAACUCUUCACAUAUUUUCAAAUAAUAGCUCUAUAAAUAUGACAAAUAAUUGAAGAUUUUUAUCUUCGAUUCCCGUUCCGUAGAGCGGUAUUUGGUAGUGUCAGAAAGAUUAAAAUCGGCGAAAUAAGAUUGUAUUGUUUGGAUGAAUUGAAAAAACAUUCAUUAUAAGCUUCAAAAGCAAAGUGAACAGAUGUCCUCCUAUAUGUCUGCUCGAUAUGAUACUCAAUAUGACCUGGAGUGCUCGGGUUAUCGACUCACUGAGACACUAAUUUUCGACUCACUACAUGUCAGUGUAUUCUUAAGACCGAAAAUGCGGAAUUAACUUGAACAAUAGAAUUGAAACACAUAGAAAAGUUCGAGAUGACGAGGAGCUGAUCGCUCCAGUUGAAUGGAAAAUAAGUCAUGAUUUCAUCUUUUUAGGCAAACCGGAUCCAGUCUCUGGAUCCAGUAUCAACUGAUUGGAUUUUAUUCAUAACUUUUUAACGCUCAUGUUUAGUACGCCCUAUAUAGUAUAGUUACCUAGAUCUUUUCCGGAGAAUAUUAUCGAAAGACCUUAUAUAUUUUUGGGCUGCUUGGGAUCUCCCCUGCCCCAAAUAAUUCUGAGUCUAUAACUGAUCCACACGUCUAAUCCAGGUUUCCAGGCGUCACUGUUGAUGAAUUCAGGAAUUUCCAGAGUCAUAUCAUACGACGGUAAACAAUUGCAAUCGAAAAUAAAAUUGUGUUUGAGAAUAAAAACAUGCACGACUCAAUCAAGUAAAUAAAGUUCAUCAACAAGAUGUAAUAAAGCCAACACAGUCUUAAUGAGAAGACAAAGAACUCACUUUCGUUCAUAACCUCUUGUAUACUUUUGUAUAAUUUUUAAUCUAUAGACAUAUUUGUAUAAUUUAUAAUUUAUAAUUUAUAAUCACUUUCAAAAUGAUUGCUUUCUACAACAAAUACAAAAUGAAAGUCGAUUUCAAAAGUGUACACGCCAGCGAAAUUUCAUCGACUUUGCGAUCAUACAAAAUAUAAUAUUAGAUUUUCAUAUGGUAUUCUGUGCUUGCUAUCUCUUCGGAAAAAUGUCAACCCAAAAUGACAUGUGAUGAGUAAUUAUUUUUACUCUCCCCAGACUAUUUUGGCAAGCAAUUCACGCGGUUGAUGGAAACCGCGAAGCUGCGCCGGUUUCUAGUUCAAUAGGCAAUUCCAGCUUUUAAUUUAUGCGCGCAGGGGAUGAUGGGAAGUAAGGUAUCAUAUUGCUGAUUAUGCUUAAAAAUUUCAAUAAAAACUGCCGAAACAACCGAAAUAUUUCAAUAUUUACAAGUAUAAGCUAUCACUCCAUGAUAAUCAGCAAUAUGAUACCUUACUUCCCAUACCUGCAAGCAUAAACUAAAAGCUGGAAUUGCCACCGAAUACACCGUAUAAAAUACAAAAAAAUAAAAAUUCAUACAUACGGUGUAUAAUAAAUACAUACGGUGUAUUUAUUGAAUACACCGUAUUCAUAAUGGCACACAUGAAAAAAAGAGAACCCAUGAUUCAUGGGCAAAAAAAACGUAUGUAAACUUCGAGGUAUAUAUUACUGUGUUAAUUAUAACAGAGGAGGGAACAUUUCUGGUGAAGACAGAUGUAAUUUACGACAACUUUCAUUUGUGAAGUAUAAUUGUAUGCCAAUACUAGUUUCUUGUCGGAGAUUGAAAAGGCGUAGAUAAAUGAGGCAGGAAACCGUCACCUAUGAUUAGAAAUGCAUUAGGGUUUGAAGCGGGCAGCUGGCGAGCAGAGAUUUGCCAAAGAUAGCUCUCAUGGCGAGUGAGAAAAUAUUGAAAAUAAUAAAGUAAUUCUAAAGCCCUAAAAUAUCUCAGUGAUCAAGCGUAUCGAGUGUCCACAUUAAACCUGGCCUCAUAUAUGGCAAUCCUUCCUCGCGGGCGGUACCCGCAUACCUGCAGCUUUUUUGCAACUCUGCAUGCCAGCAUUGCCAGGAGUCUGGGAUUUUAUCCUGAGAUCUCAGGAUUUUUUGAAGCAGUUGGGAUUUAUUUGGGAUUUUUAAAAAGUCAAUCUCGGGAUUUUUUUUUAUUUUUGAGAAAGGGAAGUUCGAAAUUUAGAAAUCGAUUUUUUGUGUAAAAUUGACUAUUAAACAAUUUUGCUAAAAAUCCAUGGUUCGUCCGCUCGUAUUUAAACCGUACUGAGCUGCAUAUUUGAUGUCAAAUUUCGUUUUCACAACAUGACGUACGAAGCUUUCCUACCCGAAAUUGGCGCGAAAACCACCCUAAAUUAUAAUGACGCCAAAAAGUUGGAAUAUCGGGAUUUUUUUAGGAAAUCUCGGGAUAUUCUGGGAGUUUACUUGGGAUUUUUACAAAAUUACAGUUGGCAACGUUGAACGCUGCCAAAAAUUUACCAUUCAUUAUAUUCGUCUUUCUAUGUUUAGUUUGUUCCAAGUGUAUCCCGAAAUGCAGAACCUGUUUCCAGAGUUCCGAGGACAGGGCAAUAUAGAUAAGUUGGAAGAGACGAAAUUUCUCAACGGUCACGCAAAACGUCUGAUGACGGCCGUUGAAAACAGCGUCAACUCCUUAAACGACUUCGAGUCGUGUUCAACUUAUCUUCAAGAGUUAGGCAGAAGACACAAGAUACGAAAAUUAAAGCCACAUUAUUUGGAGGUAGGUUUCGUAAUACAUGGCUCUUUCUAUGAAGAAUUUACUAUUAUCUUUACAGGAAAAAAUCUCAUCUUGAUCAACUUUCUAACUGUUGAAGUUGCCGGAUAUAUUUGCUUAAUAGUUCUUAUCACGGCUUUGAUAAACAUUCAAAAUGACAUUUCAAAGUUGAAUUAGUUUAGUUUGAUUCCAGUAUCAGUACAAAGUUCAUUCAAGCGAUCUUUUAUGGUCAGGAAAAAUUUCAUGACAAGAUUCAUCCUGACUAGCCGGACUGGCUUCUGCUUAUAUGAACAGCCCCUUAGUAAAAACAACUUCUGAUCCCUGAAUUAUACCUAUUCCCUAAUGAACAAAAUUUUGAUCUAGACAAGUCUAGACAAACAUUUCAGCACACUUGAAAGAGCAUCACAAAAUUCGUAAUAUUCCGAAGUUUCGUUGCGAAAUGUUGGAAAAUGCGGAUAAUAUAGCCUUGCGAAGUUUUCAGUUUUUCAGUCAGUCAGUAUUACGCACGGGAAAUUGAUACCGCUUUCUGAAAAAAAGGUAUCAAUAUCCCGUGCGUAAUACAAAAUGACUGAAAAACGGCAAACUUCGCAGGGCUAUAUUAUCCGCAUUUUACAACAUUUCGCAACGAAACUUCGGAAUAUUACUAAUUUUGUGAUGCUCUUUCAAAGCCUUGUCUAGACUUGUCUAGAUCAAAAUUUUGUUCAUUAGGGAAUAGGUCCAUUAGAAUACAUGCACCCUUCCGGAAAGUAAGUCAUUUUAGUUAUAGAGCCUCGUUUUCGUUUAUGUAACAAUAGUUAAAGCCCAGCGUUUCAAUCACGGACACGAAGCUCUACUGAUAUACUACUUUCCAGUAGUCUAUAACAACCUUCAUACCUUGUGCACUUUUACUGCUGUGCCUCAAUGGUAUUCGUCGGUGAGCAUAACGAGCCUCAUCAAAAUAUCACCUAGAAAUAAAAGUUCACGAGAUUAGCAAAUCAAACAUAAACUUUUAAAUUCAAUGAUUAACAUAAACUUUAAGUUCAAUUUUCUCACCUAAUCAUAUAGAGGGCAAAAUUACUCCGGAAUAUGAUUGGCUAAUGAAGAGGGCAUUUUUUCUUAAUUCAGCGCAAAAUUACUUGUACCUGAUUGGCUGAGACGCAAGCGCGGGAAGUUUCUUGUUUUAAAUAGCAAUAAAAACAAUGGCUUCUCGCUUUGUCGUUGCGGAUGUUACUGAAGAAUUAAAAACUUCUAGUGAAAACUCGAACACUAGAAAAAGUACAAAUUUAUGGGUUGCAGUAUUUAAGAAAUGGGCAACAUUAAGAACAUCGGCGAAAACUUGGAAGACAUAGGAGGUUCAAGAACUUAACAAGUUCACAAUUAACUUACGAAUAAAUUUGCCCUCUACGAGUAACAAGUAAUCGCACAGUUCCUCGUAAAAUUAAGGUUUAAUUUCACUUGUGUUUUCAAAGUUUCCGCACAAAUUACAAUUUGUGAAACUUGGAAAACACGCGUGAAAUUAAACCUUAAUCGUUUUACUCGGCCCCAUGCGAUUACCUAUAUAAAUAUCAUUAAUUUAUUUUGAAUUGUUAAAGAAUAAGAAUGUCUUAUCAAGACGUUUCACAAGCCAUUGCGGCUCAAGUUUGUAUAUCCGAUACAAACUCGGCCACUCAUGGUGUAUAUAGUACAUAUAAAAACUUUAUACAUGUAUUAUACUUUACAAACACUUUCAGAGAAUGGGCGCCGCGAUGAUGUUGGCUUUUAAAGAACUGUAUCCGGAUUUAUGGACGGAAGAGGCGGAUGAAGCCUGGAACAACCUGUAUAAGUACAUCUCAAAUAUGAUGACAACUGGAUUGAAUGCACCAUAAAGAACAAGCUUGAUUAUUUAUGCUUUUUACAAACGCUGGAAUCGCAAACUCAGAACAGUCUUUUUAUUUUUCAGUUAUUCCGUAACGAUCUCCGCCAGGCCCUAAGAGAGGUAUCGUUUUCAUCUCAUCUUGUUCGCUUGUAAUCAUGCGCAUGCGUAAAAAUCUCACAGCUUGUCAACAAGAUAUGUUCGCAUUGCUUGUUCCGGCCCUGUUGUUGACAAGUCUGGAACAAGUUGUUAUCAUCUUGUAACAAGGUUGACGAGGCCAACAAACUCGCAACAAUUUGUUCCAACAAGUCUGAUAUCGUCCGCUGCACGUAACAAGUUGUUAACAAGUUAAUGACAAAGAUAUCUUACAUAUAUACACUAGAUAGCGCAUCUCUUUUAGUAAAAUUGAAGCCAAGAAUAUUCCAGCGGUUACCCCCAUUUGAAUAGAUGGCGGCCAUGUUGGUCGUUCUCACUUGCUAAUAAACGCUUAAAAACAACAAUAACUUUGAUCAUUUGAAUCGUUUAAAAAUGUAUUUGGAAUAGGGUUAACUUAAUGUUUAAGUUCCCUGUUUAAGAAAUAGAAAAGAUACGAAUCUUCUCAUUUUAUGAGAACGACCUGAGACUGCAAUCACGGCUUCAAUUUUUAAAUUGCAGAAUAAUUAGAUGCACUAUCUAGUGUAUAUAAGAUAUCUAUGGUUAAUAACAACAAGCUCGCAGCAACUUGUCAUGACUGUAUAUCAUAUAGUCUUGUUGGAACAACUUGUGGCAAGUCUGUUAUACCGUCGUCAACCUUGUAACAAGGUGAUAACAACUUGUUCCAAACUUGUCACAACAACUGGGAACAAGCAGUGCGAACACAUCCUGGUAUCGACUUGACAACAACCUUCUAGCGUGUCCAACUUGUGCGUUUUUACGUGGUGUACAGCGGACAGAAGAUGUUAGAUGACAACAUUUAAUAAACAAAAUUUUAUUAAAUUUACCAGUUGCUUUUACGCACUGUAUAAAGCAAAUGAGUGCAUCAAUGGAUCAUUUGCAUUAUAGACUAAAUUUUGAUCUAGACAAAAAUUUCAUCACAGCUUGAAAGAGCAUCACAAAAUUAGUAAUAUUCCGAAGUUUCGUCGCGAAAUGUUGUAAAAUGCGGAUAAUAUAGCCUUGCGAAGUUUGCCGUUUUUCAGUCAUUUUGUAUUACGCGCACGGGAAAUUGACAGCCCAAUCGGGUGUGGGGGCAUCAAUUUCCCGUUUGUAAUACAAAAUGACUGAAAAUUGCAAACUUCGCAUGGCUAUAUUAUCCGUAUUUUACAACAUUUCGCAACGAAACUUUGGACUAUUACUAAUUUUGUGAUGCUCUUUCAAGCUGUGAUGAAAUUUUUGUCUAGAUCAAAAUUUAGUCUAUAAUGCAAAUGGUCCAUUUACAUCUAUACAAGUAUAAAAUAUAUCUCAAAUGUUUUGUGAGAUUAGAUUGGGCAAGAAUUACUUUUGAUCAUGAUAAAGGAUUUUUAAAGGCCGCUUUACAUUACACAACUUUUGCCUAAAACUGUCGCAUGCAACCUGCUUACAACUUGAGUUGUACUGUGUAAAUCAAGCACACAACUCAUCUACAACAACGUAAGUGAUUUGUGUGCUUGAUUUACACAGUAUAACUCAAGUUGUAACCAGGUUGCAUGCGACAGUUUUAGGCAAAUUAAAGUUGUAUUGUCUAAAUUGGCCUAAGUUGCACAGAGCCACGCAUGCGUUAUUCUAUGUUUUUAAUGUUUUGCGCAUAAUAGGGUUAGGGUUAGGAUUGAAAGAUCAAUAUAUAUUCUUGCGCCAAAUCUCUGGAUUUUACCCUGGUUCUACUAAAAUGCGAUCAACGCUGGCGGAGAUAUGCAGUUUUAUUGACGUGAAUAUUUAAUUUUGAUCGGAGAAAACUUCGUUGUUUUGAGCAUUGAUUGCCGAAUCAUUUAUGCAUACUAGAGUAGCCAAAAGUUUUUAGCAGGAUUUUAUCACACUUCUUGCAACAGGCAAUGAAUUGUGCAAAGGUUUACACAAUGGGGCUAUAGAGUAUAGGCCUUGCCUGCCAUUUUAGGUGACAAACCGCAGCGAAGCAGUGGAUUUUAGUAAAAUCACAGUACUGUUGUUCAGAAGUGCUAUUUUGUUCACUUCAUCCUUUGUCGCAGUCUGCCGCUCAAAAAUGGCGAAAAAGGCCUGGUCGCAUGGCGCGCGGCUGAUAGUUUGAAAAAUUGUAAAUAUAGGAUUUGUUAAUACUGGUCAAUAUUGUAGUAAUUUAGCUGCAUGAAUCACCAGAAAAUAAUAUAUAGAAUUCUGUGAGUAUAUUCGUUCAACAUACAGAACCAAUUAAUAUAACCG